AUGUGCUUCUACAUGCUUCCUCGUCUCGUCGACGGUCCGGACACCGAGACGUUUUUCCAGAGAUUUUAUGCCGACGUGUGGGAACACUGGUGGCACUUGCUUCUCCAGAUCAGAAACUUUUACGACAUGAAGCAAGUAUUAGGCCAUUUGUGGUACUUAUCAGUGGACUCCCAACUCUUCGUGGUCUCAAUUCUGACGUUGCUGAUAUUCAGAAGGCAAAAACGUCUGACCUUGGCAGUACUAGCCGUGCUUUCCUUGCUAGGGUGUGCCAUUGCAACGUGGACCAUGGCCAGGUUGCAUCUGUUGCCAUUCCUCAUUGCUCCUUUCCCGGACAUUGAGCGAAUGAUGAGCACGGUCAGAGAUUAUUACUCUAAACCUUUUUAUCACGCCGUGUGCUACUUCAGCGGCUGCAUGACGUCCCUCAUCCUUGCUGACUUCAGAGAGCGUAAGAUUUCCAAGGUGGGCUUCUGCUUUUAA